CCGCUCGCUUUCUCUAGGCUGCCGGGCAGAGCUUUGCUACGGAAGUGACGUUGAGCAUUCCGGAAACGGGGACUCGUUGGUUGGAGGCCUUCAAUCUAGAGUCGGAAGCGGCUGUGUGACCUUUCCGGAGGACGCUGAGCGGAAAAUCCUGCCAAGAUGGGAAUGCACUUUGGGAACCUGGUAAGAAUGCGGCAUGUAAUCACUUACAGCUUGUCUCCAUUUGAACAAAGAGCAUUUCCUCACUACUUCUCCAAAGGAAUCCUCAACGUUUGGAGGCGAUUUCGUGAACGGGUCUUCCGGGUGGCACCUCCAUUUGUUGCUGGCUAUCUUCUCUAUUCCUGGGGAACAGAAGAAUUUGAACGUUUGAAAAGAAAGAAUCCUGCAGACUAUGAAAAUGAUGAAUAAAAUAUGAAGAAACUAACCUGAAAAAAACAACAGCUGGAUGACAUGAAUACCCAAGUAUUUAUGAUGACACUUAAGAUACGUGUUCAAUAAAUCUCAAUUUCUGUUCUGCC